UUUAAGAUGCGGCACUAUAUCGAGCAAUUGGAAUUUAUUAAUGAAUAUGUAUAUGUGUGUAUAUAUGCUAGUAAAGAAUAUUAAAGUAAUUUAGUUUUAUGAAACACAUGCAGAAAAGAAUAAUUUAUAACUUAAUAAAGAUAAUUAUUUUACUGAUAGUUUGAAUGCGUGAUAAUAGCAGAUUUUAUAAAGAUAAGAUAUAAUUCGAAAAAUUUGGUAUUAAUUUUCCACUCAUUAAAAUAACAUGAAAUAGAAAAUAACAUAUAACAAUGGAAAAUAAAACAGAUGUUCUUAAUGAUCAAAAUGAAGACAAUGAGACUCAAUAUAUUAAUAGUGAAAGAUAUAAUUAUGUCAAUGAAAGACAAUAUUUUUUGCUUCCUAAUACAUAUUCACGUUCGCCAAAAAUACCAACAGAAUAUAUUAAAGGAACAAAUAUAAAACGAUACAAUCCAGCUUUAAGAAAUCUUAUACCAAUACGUCGCAAAAAUCAAAACAAGGAAUGUAUGCCAGCAGAUAAUGCUGGUUUGUUUUCAUAUAUUUUUUAUACAUGGUUAACACCAUAUAUAUGGAAAGCAUACAAAAAUGGUAUUGACUUUACGAAUAUUCCAUAUAUUUCUACUUAUGAAAGUUCUAAAUAUAAUACUCAUAGAUUAGAAAUACUUUGGCAAGAAGAAUUAAAUAAACAUGGUCCAUAUUUAGCAUCAUUUCCAAAUGUAGCUUGGAAAUUUGUGAGAACAAGAAUAUGUAUAGCUGGAUUUUUAUUAAGUUGUUCUACAAUUUGUGGAUUUAUUAGUUCUAUGAUAUUAAUGAAAAAAGUAUUAGAAUAUGUUCAAUCAUCAGAAGAAAAUAUAUGGGUAGGCAUAAAAUGGGCACUGUUAUUAACAUGUUGUGAUUUUUUGCGAUUAAUAUUUUUUAACUGGACUUGGAAUACUAAUAUUAGAACAGCAUUAAGAUUAAAGAGUGCUUGUACAACUCUUUUAUAUAAAAAAAUUAUUAGAUUGAAUAAUCUUGGAAAUAAAAGUACAGGAGAAAUGAUUAAUUUAUUUACAAAUGAUAGUCAAAGACUUUUUGAUGUUGUCAUUUAUGGACCUAUGAUAUUUAGUGGUCCAAUAAUUAUUAUCUGUGGUAUAAUUUAUAUACUUUGGGUAUUUAGUCCAAUAGCUCUUUGUGGAAUAUUCACUUUUCUUGUAUUUUAUCCUUGUCAGUAUCUUCUAUCCCGUGCAGUUGGAUAUUUUCGUUCGAAAACAGUUAUUAUUACAGAUACACGAGUAAAAUUAAUGAAUGAAAUCUUAGAAUGUAUAAAAUUAAUUAAAAUGUAUUCAUGGGAGAAAUAUUUUAGUCAUAAACUUCUUGAUAUACGAAAGAAGGAGGAAUAUUGGUUGCAUAAAACUGUAUAUUUCCAAAGUCUUGCUAUUUCUUUAACACCAGCUAUACCUGCAAUAUCUGCAAUUGUUACAUUUUUAGCACAUUUAUCUUCAGGCAGUAAUUUAACUGCUUCUCAGGCUUUUCCAAUUACAACAUUUUUCGGAAAUAUGUUGAGAAUGGCACUCUCUUCUCUUAAGGAUUCUUCACGACAUUUUAUCGACGCUCAUAUUGCUCUUAGAAGAAUUAAGGUUUUUCCUUUUGUAACAUUGCUCAAUUCUCAAUUUCGUUCUUCAUUUUUAUUUCUACAAGUGGCGUUAAUUAAUAUCGCCGAGUCAAAUAUAACACUCAACAGAUUGCAGAAUAUAUUACUUUUAGAAGAAUACACAUGCCAUAUAUCAAAACCAAUUGUAAAAUCACAAGCUGUAGCCAUUGCUAACGGUACAUUCGUUUACGAAAAUUCUACUUUAUACGCUAAAAAAUUAAAAAAUAUUAGAAAAAAAAGUAAAAAAAUUGUAUCAUAUUUAAAAAGCAAGGUUGAAUUGGAAAAACUUAAUGAAUCAUCUCAAGAAACUGAAUAUAUUGAAGUACUUUCAACUAUUAAAUUUGGAGUAGCAAAAGGUGGAUUAACAGGAAUUUGUGGACAUGUAGGAAGUGGAAAAUCUAGUCUUUUGCUUGCUGCUUUGGGACAAUUAAAAAUGAUGAACGGCUGUAUUUUGAGAGAAGGUUCUUGCGCUUAUGUUAGUCAACAAGCGUGGAUUGUUAAUGCAACUUUCAAAGAAAAUAUAUUGUUUGGAAAUCAAUUUGAUGCUAAACGAUACUAUCAAGCAUUAACAGUGUGCAGUUUAAAAGAAGAUUUGAAUAUGUUACCGGGUGGAGAUGAAACUGAGAUAGGAGAAAGAGGUAUAAAUCUUUCAGGAGGACAAAAGCAAAGAAUUGCUCUUGCUAGAGCACUUUAUGCUAAUCGAGAUAUAUAUUUUUUGGAUGAUCCAUUAAGUGCAGUAGACACACAUGUGGGUUCUUAUAUUUUUAAAAAUUUAAUUCUCGGAGCGCUCAAGAAUAAAUGUGUGUUAUUUGUAACGCAUCAAAUUCAAUUUUUAAAACACUGUGAUCAAAUACUUGUAAUGCAUAAAGGAAAAAUUGUAGAACAAGGUACACAUGAUGAAUUGAUGCAAUUAAAUAAAGAAUAUGCUACAAUGGCAGAUAGUGCAUUAUUAAAAACGGAGAUUGAUUCAAAGUAUGAAAUUGCGAUACCGAUUCAAACAAACAAAAAUUCUAAUAAUGAUUCAAAGAGACAAACAAUAACUUGCAAUGCAGAAGAUAAUAAUAAAUAUAUUGAAACAACAAAGAUACAUGAAAAAGAAGCAAUCCUUACUACUCAAGAAAAGAUGGGAAUGGGUACUGUAAAAUCAUAUAUUUAUCAUAUAUAUGUAAAAUCUGCGGGUGGUUAUCUUAUAGCGGUUUUAGUAUUUUUGACACUCUUCUUAAGCAUUGGAAGUUCAGCAUUUAGUUCUUGGUGGUUAGCUAUAUGGAUUAAAGCUGGCAAUGGGAAUAUUAUUGAUUCCAAUAAUAAUAAAACUAUAUCAUCAAAUAAUUUAAAUGACAAUCCUAAUUAUUCAUAUUAUCAAAAUAUUUAUAUUGGUUGCAUUGGAGUAAUUUUAUUAACAAGUUUACUGCGUGGUUUGGUUAUUAUGUAUGCUACAAUAAAUGCUUCAACAACAUUACAUAACAAAGUUUUUAAGAAAAUAAUUAAAACAACAGUAACAUUUUUUGAAACAACUCCUAUUGGAAGAAUACAAAAUAUUUUUAGUCGAGAUAUUGAUGAAGUGGACAAUUACAUACCAAUUUCUAUAGAAAACAUGGUACAGAAUAUAAUUACUUGCAGUUUUGCAAUUGUAUUUAUAUGUGCAAUAUUACCUUGGUAUUGUUUACCAUUAAUUAUUCUUGCUGCUAUUUUUUUUUAUAUUAGCAGGAUCUUUAGAGUAGCAAUGAGAGAUUUUAAACGAAUGGAGAAUAUUUCACGAUCUCCUGUUUUAAGUUUCAUUACAACUACCAUUCAUGGUCUAAAUACUAUUCACGCAUUCCAAAAGGAAAAAGCAUUUGUAAACAAAUUUGAGGAAUUAUUUGACUUAAACAAUUUGUGCCUUUACUUAUGUCAAUCUAUCAUGAGAUGGUCUGCUGUAAGACUUGAUAUUUUGGCAAUUGCUUCUUCUUCUAUUACUGCUUUUUUUGUAAUUGCACUUAAAAACCAAAUAUCUCCAGCCCUUGCUGGUUUGGCAAUGGCAUAUGCUAUGCAAAUGACUGGCAUUUUUCAAUAUACUGUAAGAUUAAUGGCGGAAAUAGAAACUCGUUUUAUAAGUGUUGAAAGAAUAAACUAUUACUUGAAGACUUUACAAAAAGAAGAAAUUUCUGAACAACAUCUCAUAGAUCUUCCAGAUCAAUGGCCUAUUGAUGGAAAAUUAGAAUUUUGUAAAGUCGAAUUAAAAUACAGAAAAGGUUUGCCACCUGCAUUAGAUAAUAUUUCAUUUAUUAUUAAACCUGGUGAACAUAUAGGUAUUGUAGGACGAACAGGAGCAGGAAAAAGUUCUUUAAUCAUUGCUUUAUUCCGAUUAAUUGAAAUUUCUGCUGGAAAAAUUAAAAUUGAUGGUAUAGAUAUAGCAAAAGUAAAAUUAAAGUUAUUAAGAACUAAAUUAUCUAUAAUUCCUCAGGAUCCUGUUUUAUUUAAUGGAACCAUACGAUCAAAUUUAGAUCCUUUUAAACAAUUUAGUGAUUCUGAAAUCUGGAGUAUUUUAGAAAAAACUCAAUUAAAAGAAAAAGUACAAGUUAUGCCUGGUCAAUUGGAUGCACCUGUUGAAGUUGAAGGAAAAAAUUUAAGUGUAGGCGAGCGACAAUUAUUUUGUUUAUCAAGAGCACUUUUACGUAGUGCCAAAGUAUUAGUAUUAGAUGAAGCAACAGCUGCUGUUGAUCCAGAAACUGAAAUUGCUGUACAAAAUAUAAUUCAAAAUGAAUUUUCAAAUACUACAAUAUUAACCAUAGCUCAUCGUUUGAAGACUGUUAUUUCAUGUGAUCGUAUUAUUGUGAUGAAAAAUGGACAAAUAAUUGAAUUUGGCUUCAUCAUUGCGAACAUAAUUCCUAUUAUGAUGUUGGGGCGUAAGCAGAGCCUCAAAGGGGAACCUGUUUUGGCUGAUUAUGGUCCAGAGGAGUCCCUCAAUGAGAGUGCUGAUAUAGAAUGGGUAAAUAAGUUAUGGGUGAGAAGGUUGAUGAGGUCUUGUGCUCUGGUAUCUUUAGCUUCUGUUUGCUUGAAUACUCCAAAAACUUUUGAAAAAGUUCCACCACUUCAGUAUUUUACCUUUGUUUGUGACUUAAUUAUUACAUUUUUGUUUACUGCUGAAAUGAUUGCCAAGAUGCAUAUAAGGGGUAUAUUGAAGAGGGAUAAAUCUUAUUUAAAAGAUCAUUGGUGCCAAUUUGAUGGAAGCAUGGUCAUCUUUCUUUGGUUAUCUAUAAUAUUACAAAUGUUUGAGAUGCUAGGUUUCGUUUUAGAAAUUAGUUAUGUUUCAAUAUUACGCGCGCCACGCCCAUUAAUUAUGAUACGCUUUCUACGAGUUUUUCUAAAGUUUUCUAUGCCAAAAGCUAGAAUUAAUCAAAUUUUCAAGCGUUCAAGUCAACAGAUAUAUAAUGUAACUCUUUUCUUUCUUUUCUUCAUGUCUCUUUAUGGUCUUUUAGGCGUUCAGUUUUUUGGUGAAUUAAAAAAUCAUUGUGUUCUUAAUACUACUACAGAUCCAACAGAUAUAACUAUAAAUAGUUUAGCCAUUCCUGAUACCUUUUGUUCUACCGAUCCUGAAUCAGGAUACCAAUGUCCAGAGGGAAUGACUUGUAUGAAACUUCAGUUAUCAAAAUAUAUUAUGGGUUUCAAUGGAUUUGAUGAAUUUGCUACGAGUAUUUUUACAGUUUAUCAAGCUGCAUCACAAGAAGGAUGGGUUUUUAUUAUGUAUCGUGCAAUAGAUAGUUUACCUGCUUGGCGUGCAGUUCUUUAUUUUAGUACAAUGAUAUUUUUCUUAGCAUGGCUUGUGAAGAAUGUUUUCAUAGCAGUUAUCACAGAAACUUUUAAUGAAAUUCGAGUUCAGUUCCAACAAAUGUGGGGUGUUAGAGGACAUAUCAGCAAUAACACAGCAUCACAAAUAUUAACUGGUGAUGACAAUGGUUGGAAAUUGGUAACUUUAGAUGAGAACAAACAUGGAGGUUUAGCUUCUCCUAUAUGUCAUGCCAUUCUCAGAUCUCCUCAUUUUCGUAUGGUGGUAAUGUUUGUAAUUUUGGCAAAUGGUAUUACCACUGCGACUAUGAGCUUCAAACAUGAUGAGAAACCAAGGCAUACGUAUUAUGAUAAUUAUUAUUAUGCUGAGAUUGCGUUUACAAUAUUUUUAGAUCUGGAAACAUUGUUUAAAAUUUGGUGUCUCGGAUUUCGCAGUUAUUACAAGCAUUCGAUUCAUAAAUUUGAACUAUUAUUAGCAAUUGGUACAACCAUACAUAUUAUUCCGUUCUUCUAUCUUUCUGGAUUCACAUAUUUUCAGGUUCUUAGAGUAGUUAGACUUAUCAAGGCAUCACCAAUGCUUGAAGAUUUUGUAUACAAAAUAUUUGGUCCUGGGAAAAAAUUAGGAAGCCUCAUUAUUUUUACUAUGUGUCUAUUAGUCAUAUCAUCCAGUAUUUCCAUGCAAUUGUUUUGUUUUCAUCGCAAUUUCACAAAAUUUGAAACAUUUCCAGAGGCAUUUAUGUCCAUGUUUCAAAUCUUAACACAAGAAGCUUGGGUAGAUGUUAUGGAUGAAACAAUGUUAAGAACACAUGAAACAAUGGCUCCUCUUGUUGCUAUGUAUUUUAUUUUAUAUCAUCUUUUUGUUACAUUGAUUGUGUUAAGUUUAUUUGUCGCCGUAAUUUUGGAUAAUCUUGAAUUGGAUGAAGAUAUUAAGAAACUGAAACAAUUAAAAUUCCGUGAACAAAGUGCGGAAAUAAAAGAAACUUUACCAUUUAGAUUACGAAUAUUUGAGAAAUUUCCUGACAGUCCUCAAAUGACAUGUUUACAUAAAGUACCAUCAGAUUUUAAUCUUCCAAAAGUUCGUGAAAGUUUCAUGAGACAAUUUGUAUUUGAAAUGGAAAACGAAGAAAAUGAAGGAGUAAAGAAAAUAAAUGAAACUUUUGAUUCAAAAAUGAUAUAUAGAAAACAACGUCCAGUAAAAAUUUUAAAUAAUCCACCUAAAGUAAGAAAUGUUGUCACCAGUCUUAAAAAAGCAGCUGUUAUUUAUAUUAUAAAUGAUUCCAACAAUCAAAGAUUGUUAUUAGGUGAUUCUGCUAUGAUACCAGUACCGGGAAAAGGUCUUCUAAAACCACAAGGCACUGUUAGUAGUGCUAAACAACUUCGUUUUGAUCAAAAAAAGUCAAUUAGAAGAAGUGUUCGUAGUGGAUCAAUCAAGCUAAAACAAACAUAUGAACAUUUGAUGGAAAAUGGUGAUAUUGGUGGAAUAAACAGAGUUAGCUCUUCUCGCAGUAGACCGCAUGAUUUGGAUAUUAAAUUAUUGCAAGCUAAACGACAACAAGCCGAAAUGCGAAGAAAUCAACGUGAAGAAGAUUUACGUGAGAAUCAUCCGUUUUUUGAUACACCACUAUUCGCAGUACCGCGUGAGAGUAAAUUCCGUAAAAUUUGUCAAUCACUUGUUUAUGCAAGAUACGAUACAAAUGUGAAAGAUCCUUUAACUGGAAAAGAAAGAAAAGUUCAAUAUAAAAGUUUACACAAUUUUCUUGGUUUGGUCACAUAUCUUGAUUGGGUGAUGAUUUUUGCUACGACUAUGUCUUGUAUUUCUAUGAUGUUUGAAACACCACGCUAUCGUGUAAUGGAAAUUCCAGCAUUACAAAUUGCAGAAUAUGGUUUUGUGAUCUUUAUGAGUAUUGAAUUAACUCUAAAGAUUUUAGCAGAUGGACUAUUUUUCACACCAAAGGCCUAUAUUAAAGAUGUCGCUUCUGUUUUGGAUGUUUUUAUUUAUGUUGUCAGCCUUGUGUUUCUUUGUUGGAUGCCAAAAAGCGUUCCACCAAAUUCAGGUGCACAACUUCUAAUGAUUUUACGUUGUGUUAGACCAUUAAGAAUUUUCACUCUUGUACCACAUAUGAGAAAAGUUGUUUAUGAAUUAUGUAGAGGAUUCAAAGAGAUCUUAUUGGUGUCUACUCUAUUGAUUUUACUGAUGUUUAUAUUUGCGAGUUAUGGUGUACAACUUUAUGGAGGUAGAUUAGCGCGUUGUAAUGAUCCUACUAUUUUAAAACGAGAAGAUUGUGUUGGAGUAUUUAUGAGAAGAGUAUUCGUAACAAAAAUGAAAUUGCAACCAGGUGAAAACGAAAGUUAUCCAUCUAUAUUAGUACCACGUGUUUGGGCCAAUCCUAAAAGAUUUAAUUUUGACAAUAUUGGUGAUGCAUUAAUGGCACUUUUUGAAGUACUUUCUUUUAAAGGAUGGCUUGAUGUUAGAGAUGUUCUUAUUAAAGCUCUUGGUCCAGUUCAUGCUAUUUAUAUUCACAUUUAUAUUUUCCUGGGUUGUAUGAUUGGUUUAACUCUGUUCGUCGGUGUUGUCAUUGCUAAUUAUUCUGAAAAUAAAGGGACUGCCUUACUUACAGUUGAUCAAAGACGAUGGUGUGAUUUAAAAAAGCGAUUAAAAAUUGCACAACCGUUACAUUUACCACCUAGACCAGAUGGAAAGAAAUUCAGAGCAUUUAUCUAUGAUAUCACUCAGAAUAUCUAUUUUAAAAGAUUCAUUGCAGUUAUGGUGCUUAUAAACAGUUCUCUUCUAUGUGUCUCUUGGAGAAUCGAGGAAGAACACACGGAAGCACUCGCUACGGUGUCCACGAUUCUGACACUCAUCUUCCUCGUGGAAGUAAUUAUGAAAAAUAUUGCUUUUACACCACGUGGCUAUUGGCAGUCCAGAAGAAACAGAUAUGAUUUGCUCGUGACAGUUGUCGGUGUUAUUUGGAUCAUCAUUCAUUGUACAAUGAAGGUAAUCAAUAUUAUUAUUAUAUAAUGAUCCAGAGAGAGA